AUGACUGUUACGCCACCAAAGAAACUCAAAGUCGCGUCUUUAUGUGAACUAUGUCACUCGAGAAAGGCGGUCAUGAAAAGACCAAAGAACUUGAUGAAGCUUUGUAAAGAGUGUUUUUAUAACGUGUUUGAAACUGAGAUCCACAACACCAUAACAUCAAAUAAUUUAUUCCAGCCAGGUGAAAAAGUGGCAAUAGGAGCUUCAGGAGGUAAAGACUCAACUGUUUUGGCAUCUAUACUCAAGACUUUGAAUGAAAGAUACAACUAUGGUUUAACCCUUGUGCUUCUUUCUAUCGACGAGGGGAUCAAAGGUUAUCGUGAUGACUCUCUAGCAACUGUGAAGCGAAAUCAACAACAAUAUGAGAUGGAAUUAGAAAUUGUAUCGUAUAAAGACUUGUACAACUGGACCAUGGAUGAGGUUGUGGGCUGCGCAGGUAUUAGAUCUUCAUGUACAUAUUGUGGUGUUCUUCGGCGUCAAGCAUUGGAUCGUGGUGCGGCAAAAUUAGGAAUAAGCCAUGUUGUCACUGGUCACAACGCCGAUGACAUGGCUGAAACUGUCUUGAUGAACUUGUUGAGGGGGGAUGCUAAUCGUUUAGAAGGAAGUACAAGAAUAAUGACACAGUCUGCUGAAUCACCGAUAAAGAGAUCAAAGCCAUUCAAAUACACAUACCAGAAAGAGAUUGUAUUGUAUGCACAUUAUAAAAAGUUAGACUAUUUCUCAACAGAGUGUUCAUAUGCACCGGAAGCAUUUAGAGGAACUGCAAGGGAACUUUUGAAAGGAUUGGAGAGUAUACGACCUUCAUGUAUCAUGGAUAUCAUUUACAGUGGAGAACAUCUUGUUUUGUCCAAGAAAAAGAAACAGACUGCUAAGUACAAAAACAAAAAGGCAGAGGAAGUUGAAGUCAAUUCUGAUGGGUCAGUGUCUACAAAUAGAUGUAUCAAGUGUGGAUACUUAUCGUCAAAUAAGAUUUGUAAAGCAUGUACUUUACUUCAAGGAUUAGAAAUGAGCCGACCCAAGUUGGCCGUUGACAGUGAAGUAGAUGGAGCUGCCAAGUUGACUAAGACAUUAGAAGCACUUAGCUUUUAA